AUGGAGUGCAACAGAGAAGAGGCGUUGAGGGCCAGAGAAAUAGCUGCAAAAAUGCUGGAAAGCAAAGACUUUCUUGGGGCUAGAAGGAUUGCACUUAAAGCUCAAAGGCUUUUUCCAGGGUUUGAGAACAUACACCAGCUGUUAACUGUCUGUGAAGUGCAAUGUGCAGCAGUUGCAAAAAUUAAUGAAGACUUAGAUUGGUAUGGUAUUCUCCAGGUGGAGGCAACAGCAGAUGAGACAGUCAUAACAAAGCAAUAUGAGAAACUUGCCUUUUGGCUCCAUCCUGAUAAAAACACACUCUCUGGUGCUGAAGUUGCUCUGAAGUUGGUCUCAGAAGCUCGCAAGAUACUGUGUGAUCGCACGGAGCGGUCUUUGUAUGACGUCAGAAGGCAGUAUGCUUCCAAACAUGUGACAAGCAAAGCUACACAGCUACCAAAUAAGACUGGUGGAAAUGAAAGUCAUGUGGAUGGAUGCAAACAACCACCUGCUUUUGUACUGGUGUUCUGGACUAUAUGCCCGCAUUGUCGGAGGCGAUUCGUGUACUACAAAAAGAACUUUUUGGUCACCUGUGACCACUGUGGUAAAUUGUUCUUUGCAUUCAAGCUGCAUGAACAGACAAUGCCCUCGAGUUUCCUAUCUCAUUCAGCAAAUAAUGCUGAAGUUUCACCUGGGAAGAUUUCAUGUCAACAACAUGGCGUCACCAAUCAACAGGCCCAGACAGGGGGGAACAUUUACUCUGAACCUACCAUGAAUGCUACUCAAAUUGAUGAACAUAGAGAAAGGAUUGACAGGGCAAGCGGUGAUGAGGAAGGUAACUGUUCAGAGACAAGAAGCGAUGUAGUUCAGCUUUCAGCAAUGAACCAAGCUAAAUCUUCUGCGCCUGCUGCAGGCAAGGAAUCAGUUAGCAAUUUGACAUCAGCUCAUCCUGAUCCGAACUUCAUUUCCGCACAGAACUUUAGAAGUGAAGAUGCAUCUCUAGUGCCAAAUAUUGCAAGGUCCUCCAGCCUUCAGAAAUUAGGUAAGAGAAAGCAAGAUGAUGGCCCAGACUGCAGCCACGGCACAGACUCCUCUAAUUAUAAGAUGCAAAGGAACCAUGACUCACCAUCUAGUGCUUCUGAGCAAAUGUUUAAUGACAAUGCUGCUGUUGCUGAGAAUCAGUCUGCUGAGCAUCAUGCCUUAAGUAGAGUGGAUAGCCAAGGUGGAGUAACUGCAAGUCGUGAAGCCAAUCAGCAAAGUUACAAGGAAGCAAGUGGUAGUGCUCCUCAGAAGCUUGGCAGUCCUGUGAUUACCUAUCAUCAUCCUGACUUUUUUGACUUUGGCAAGAUCAGAGAUAUAAACCUGAUUGCAGUUGAUCAAAUCUGGGCCCUUUAUGAUAACCUUGAUGGCAUGCCAAGAGAUUAUGCUCAGGUAAAGCACAUUGAUACUUCUGAAUUAAGAGUUCAGCUGACAUGGCUGGAGUACAAUCCAAGGAAUGAGCAAGAAGCCAAUUGGAAUAAUAAGGAAUUGCCUGUAUCUUGCGGAAGCUUCUGCUUAGGAGGAGAAACAACAACCCUAUUACAAGAUCCAUCCACAUACCUGUCUCACAGAGUUCCAUUGACAAGAGGCAAAAAUGGGAACUCCUACCAAAUAAAUCCUAAUAAGGGUGAGGUAUGGGCUCUUUAUAAAAGAUGGAGCAUGCAAUGGAGCUCCGAUGCAGAUAAAUGUCGAUCCUAUGGAUAUGAUGUCGUGGAAGUUAUCUCUGAUGGCUCAACGAAUGGCGAUGUCAUUGUUUCGCCGCUAAUGAGGAUUGAAGGCUUUGUUAGUCUUUUUGCACACGCUAAGGACAAACGCUACUUUUCGAUACCAUCAAGUGAGCUACUGAGAUUUUCGCACUGUAUCCCCUUUUAUAGAACACAUGGAAAUGAAAGGGUGGGCGUUGCAGAAGGACUUCUGGAACUGGAUACAGCAGCUCUUCCAAGUGACCUGGAAACAGCAUUUCCUUCCAUUACUCUCGACUCCUACAUGUCUUCGGAACUCAUUUCUUAUCCAUAUCCAGAAUCUGAAUUCCACAACUUCGAAGAAGACCGGUCAUGUGAGAAGUUUGAAAGUGGCCAAAUUUGGGCUAUCUACAAUGACACUGAUACAUUCCCGAAUGUGUAUGGUUGGGUGAGCAAAGUUGAGAUACAACCGUUCGAAGUGCAUUUGACCUGGCUCCAGGCCUGCCCUCAACAGGCGCAGGGGAAGCUGUGGUUGGGGCAGAAUGUACCUGUGAGCUGUGGCAAAUUUAAAAUACGAAGCUGGCAAGCCAAGUAUGGUAGAAACCACCCCUUCUCUCAUUUGGUAGAAAAUAGCCAAAUCGAUAUGAACUGGCAGGUUAAAAUUCUUCCAAAAGUCGGUGAAGUUUGGGCCAUCUACAAGAACUGGUCACCUGAUUGGGUUCCUUCCAGCAACAAGCACACUACUGAUUAUGCUAUCGGGGAGAUCGUCGAGUGCAGUAAACGAAGCACAUUAUUUUCUUUUCUGACUAAAGUUGAUGGCUAUGUCGCUGUGUUCAAGCCUGACCUUACCAAGGGAGUACUGAAAAUACCUAGGAAAGAGAACCUGAGGUUUUCUCACCGAAUUCCAUCAUUCCGUCUCACAAAGGAGGAAGGCGGCAAGCUCCGGGACUUCUACGAGCUCGACCCAGCUUCUGUCCCUGGCGAUUUUCUAUAG